AUGCUGACCUUGGCGAGCAAACUGAAGCGGGAUGACGGUCUCAAAGGGUCCCGGACGUCAGCCACAGCCUCUGACUCCACUCGCAGGGUGUCUGUGAGAGACAGACUGCUCGUUAAAGAGGUUGCAGAACUUGAAGCUAACUUACCUUGUACAUGUAAAGUGCAUUUUCCUGAUCCAAACAAGCUUCAUUGCUUUCAGCUAACUGUGACCCCAGAUGAGGGUUACUACCAGGGUGGAAAAUUUCAGUUUGAAACAGAAGUUCCUGAUGCAUACAACAUGGUGCCACCCAAAGUGAGAUGCUUGACCAGGAUCUGGCACCCCAACAUCACAGAGACGGGCGAGAUAUGUCUGAGUUUACUGAGGGAACAUUCGAUCGACGGCACUGGCUGGGCUCCCACGAGAACAUUAAAGGAUGUUGUUUGGGGAUUAAACUCUUUGUUUACGGAUCUUCUGAACUUUGAUGACCCACUGAAUAUCGAGGCUGCAGAGCAUCACCUAAGGGACAAGGAAGACUUCCGGAACAAAGUGGAAGACUACAUUAAGCGGUAUGCCAGAUGA